ACUUAGCGGUCUACACACAAAGGAUAAUUAUUUUAUUGAAAUGAAAAUUUAAGAAACAUUCAUUAUAGAGUUUAAGAUAAUUGUUACCAAAAGUAAAAAACGCGAAUACAUGUUUAGAGUAAUUAUGGAUUUUAAUAAUUUAUUAAUUUUGAUUUGUUUGUCAUGUUUUUAUCUACAGGUGUAUUCAACAUAUAUUGCUGGAGUUUACGAACACCAUUUGGAUGAUCAAUCGAGAUCCGUGGAGUAUAACUUAAAAAAAUACAAUUCGGUUGCAGAUGAUGCUAAGAAAUUGGGAGUGGAUAUAUUAGUAUUCCCUGAACAGGGAAUAUAUGGUAAUACAAAUAUUCCAAAUCGAAAAGUCCUAACUAAUUUUUCAUCGUACGUUCCAAAUCCAGUUCAGAAAAUUAGUCCAUGUUAUUAUAAUAAUUUUUCUAGCGUAUUGAAAAAUUUAUCGUGCUUAGCGAAACAGUAUGAAAUGUAUAUCGUAGCUAAUAUUAAUGAAAAAUUUGAUUGUAACAAUAUCACACAAAAAGAGUUAAAUGAUACUCGCGAUUGUGGCUCAGAUAAAUUAUACUUUUUUAACACAAAUGUAGCUUUUGAUAGAAAUGGAACAGUUAUCGCAAGAUAUCGCAAGCAUAAUCUAUUUGGAGAAUUUUUGUUUAAUACAACAAUUGUUCCGACGAUUUCUACAUUCAACACCGAUUUUAAUGUCAGAUUUGGAUUGUUCACUUGUUUUGACAUUCUAUUCGACAAACCAACGCUAAUGUUAGUUAAAAAUUAUAAUAUCAGACAUGUUGUAUUUCCAACAAGAUGGAUGUCAGAACUUCCAUUUUUAACAGCCUUACAAAUUCAAGAAGGAUGGGCGUACGUAAAUAAUGCAACUCUGUUAGCCUCAAAUGUAAAUUAUCCUAAAUUUGGAUCAACUGGUUCUGGAAUUUAUCAAGCCCGUACAAAGAACAAUGUUUAUUAUGCAACAGGAAAAGAAGAAUCGACAUUGAUUAUUUCAGAAGUAUCAAAAGAUAAUCGUUAUCUUCCAAAUUCAAAAUAUACGUAUAAAAUUUAUCCUAAAUUUGGAGAAUCCAUUUUAUACGAAAAUAAACAUCCACCUGCUAAUAACAACGAAUCAAUUUCAAUACAAAUGGUUCCGUAUCAAAUGAAUAAUUAUAGUUUUAUGCCGUUGCAAUUAAAUAAAGAUAGAAUUCAUGAGACAGUUUGCCAAAAUACUGUUUGUUGUGAAUUUAAUGUUAGCCUAAGUCGAAAUACGACGCUUAUGAAUUUAAAUUCGACUAAUUAUAAGUAUCAAUUUGUAAUACGGGACGGAGUUCGAUCGUUUAGUGGCAUGGCUGAUGGUGGAAUACAAUCAUGUGGAAUUGUUGCUUGUACUACAAAUAAUACCAGUUCUUGUGGAUUAAGAUUUCCAGAUUAUAAUAAAAUUGAUUGGCCAGUUACAUUUGAAAACAUCACAAUUCGAGCAAAUUUUCCAGAGAAGAAAAAUUUAAUACAUUUUCCAAACACAGUAAAUACAUCAAUAAUGCCAAUAUUAUCAUCGUCUUGGUCUUGGGAACGGAAAGAUACGAAUACAAUUGUAUAUAAAUUAAACAAACCACAAAAUUAUUUACUCACAUUUGGUAUAUUUGGUAGAAAUUUUGAUUUUGAUAGCAGUCCAAGAGGACUACUCUCAAACAUUUCAGAUAACAAUAGUUUAGGAUUUGCUUUAAAAGCUUGUGGUGUUUUAUUGUUUGCAACAAUAAUUUUCCAGUAUUUUUAUUUAGAUAUUAUUGUAUUUGAAUUUUAAUUUAUUUAUACGUUAAUAGUCGUGUCAAAAUAGCAAAGUAAUGAAAAUCUACAGAUUUUGAGGCAGGUUGGUGAAUCGACUUAAUUUUUUUUUUCAAAAUAUGCUCAUUCGAAAUCUAUAAACUUAGAAAGUGCACUUUUCCAAAUUCAAACUGGUGGAUUUGGUGACGAUGGUGAAGAUUUUUAAAGGGAAACUGCUAUUUUAAACGAAGAGAAACUAAACAGCGCACAUAAACUAAAAUUACCACUCAUAAGGUUUCUAUAACGCUGAUCACGGUUCUGAUGUGAAAAUUGGGAAAGUUCAAACUGGUGGGUUCAAGACUGCCUUCCUACAAAAAUUUUUAUUGGAACGUUAUUUUCAAAGGAUAUAAAUGAGGAAAAUGAUUCAAAAAUUUGACUCGUUAGUUUUCGAACAUACUGAUCACAAUUGCGAAAAUUGGAAAAUUCAAAAUGGCUUAUUCUCAUGAAGACGAUAAGAGAAGGAGACUUAACUCCGAGUUUUGAGUGAGCCCAUUUACGUCCGGCACUUGUAAGUUCGCUUAUCAUCAUAUUAUAUAUGAAGUUGCGCAGGAUCAAUACGCGUGGUCGUGAGAUACAAUCAGCGCCGCCGAAUUCAGAUAAGCGAAUUUAAAACUGCCGGGCGUAUAUGAACCUAUCGAUGCCAUUUUUCGAUUAGGGUGUCAAAUUGUAACCUGCGAUCUCAGAAACUCUUUAUUGACAAUUUUAGUUCGCGUUGUUUAUUUAUCCAAACUAUAUUGGAUUCGCCAUUUUGAAUACUGGAAAGUAACUUUCUAAUAACGUAUUCGAUUUUUGCUAGAUACAUAUACACCCUGGUGGAAAAAAUACUUGCAGAAAGAAUAUUUCUUAACCUCAUGACUACUGGCUAAUGAGAUUUUUCUACAGUCGUUGAUAAAGUUUGUAUCAUAUA